CUUCGACCAAAUGGUUCAUUUUAUUUCCGAUCGUCGAACAAAACGGUCGUGUCAAAACGUGCGUGUGAAGUGUAUGUGUGCUGUCUCAUCAGAGUCCUCUCUACAUCUAAGGCCAUCAGUCAGAAUGUCUCCAGGAGCAGCCUUAAAUACUGAGGCCACAAAGGAUCGGUCUGGUUUGUUGCCACGUUUGGAGUCGCUCGACCGGAUGCUCAAAUUGCCGGUGGUAGACGCAACCUGGCAGCGUACCCAAAGCGUGUACGGUAGAGUAAAAGGAUAUAGCAACCUGCUGGCAUGGGCCUUCGGAACGGCUGAGGGUGUGCUGCAGCGGGCCGUUUCCAUCUCAGCCCCACUGGUGCACAAGUUCGACCGCCCCCUUCACAUGGUCGACCAAACUCUGGUCAAGGGGAUCGACAAGCUGGAAGAGAACGCUCCAAUCAUUAAGGAGCAACCGGAACAAAUUUACAAUCAGGCCAGAACGAGGGUGCUUGACUCAGUUAAACCAUACACGGAGAGGGUGAGCGAGCUGCGUUCGGCUUCCCACCGGAAGGUUUCCUCGCUGAAGGAUAUAUCAUGGAAAAAGGCCAACGAGGUGCUCGCCAGUCAGUACGGGUCGAUCGCCAUUAACGGGGUGGACGCGACGGCUCAGCUAGCGGAGCGUUUGUUAGAUUACUUCAUUCCGAAGGAUGUGAGAGACGGCGAGGAAGAUGAUGCACCCAUACCGAUCAGUGAAGACCCAGUGCUGCACACCGUCCAGACCGUGGGACGCCUUUCGAACAAAAUCAGCCGCCGGGUCUACCAGGUGAUUACGCAACACAUCAAAACACUGCGGAAGGAGGAUGUUAGGGAAUACGUGGCCACCCUGAUUGCUGCACUCGGGCUUGCCCAGUAUCUGAACUCACUCGCUGACAAUCAACCCAUGGAUGAGGUCGAUGCCAAUUCGGCUGAUCGUGCUGCGGCAGUUGUCCUGGAUGCGGUCAAGGAAGCAGUGAAAGAUUCGAAGCCAACGAAGGAAAAACCUUGAAUAUUUUGUGCAGGAUAUUUUUGUUCAAGAAGUAGUAUAUUUAUGAGUACGUGUGUCGUCAUCAAUAGUUUGAUUUUCCAUCACAGGAAGAUUUUUUUUAUCUGUGGUAAUAUAUUUUGAAUGGCGGUUUAUUUAUUUUUGAAUAUUGUACUCGUAUCAAGAAAUGUGAGAAAAAAAGUGUUUGAUGAAUAUAUUUUUUGAGAUAUUAUAAUUUAUACAAUAUACAUUAUAUGAAAGUGUUUAAGUAUGUA